GUCAUCCCCAGUGUUGAUUCGUGCUCCAUAUCGAGUGCAUGUCACCCUUCCCCACAAAUUCUCGUUCACCCCCAACCAUUGACAUUUCCAAAUAGAACCCCAACAAUGGACCCCCGUAGACCAGAGCCAAAGCCACCAGCCACCCUGGCAGGCACCUUCACUGCCUCCCGAAAGUCCAGUGCCACCAGUAUCACCAGCCAAUCAACAGCGCUGUCGAUGGCAGUUCCAGGUCGCACCCAGGGCGACGGUAUGGAGAACACUCCCCCAAAGCUGGAGACCAAGAAGACGAGCCUCCGUGACACCCUGAUCUACCACCCAACGAACCUGAACCAGUCUUCCUGCCUGCCCCCAGUCACCCCCACUGGGACAAUCGUCAACCUGACGCCACGAAAGCUCACUCAUUCCAAGAAAGAGAAGCUCUUGCACACGUUGAAGUGCAAAGAACCCAAGUUCAUUCCCUACGAGCCGUAUAAGGCAGCUGUGAACCCCAUAAUUCCGAUCCAAAAGAUGAAGAAGGGAACGAGAAACAACCUGGACAUCAACGAGAUGGUGGCCCAGGUGUCCAUCCACAAAUCAAUAGAAAUGGAGAAGAACGAGUUGAAGUUCGAGAAGCCACAGAGCAAGGAGGAGAUCGAGCUGAAGGAGUGGGAGCUGGAGAAGAAGUCCUACGAGCAAGAGCUGAAGAAUCUGAGGGACGAGAACACGCAGUUGGAGAAUCAGCUGAAGUUCCAGGCCCAGGUGAAUGGGGAGCUGAAGAAUCUGCUGGUGGCAGCUGUUGGCGAGGACCUGGAGACUCGUGUGCAUCUGCUGACUGAGGACAAACUGCAGCUGGCGAGGGCUCUGCUGAAUUCUGCACAGCAUUUGAGCACUCAUCAGGAGCAGACGGAGUGGCUGGCGGGACAGUGUGAAGUCUGGAGGAGCAAGUUUUUGGCUAGUAGCCUCAUGGUGGAGGAGCUCGCCAGGUGGAAGGCUGGUUUGUGCCAAAGAACGACGGAUUUGCAGGAGAGUAUCAAGAGGCUUCUCGAGGAGCGAAGCAGAGUGAGGGAGACCUCAUUGAAGACUUACAAGACACUUUGUGUUCUAAGAGAGAAUUUCGAUCCUGUGGGGAUAAUGUCGUUCAAGAGGCACGAGCUUCCCAGCUCGAAUAUAAUUGAUCUCGCCGAUGGGUGCUGUCAGGUCGCAGAGAUCCUCAAGGUGCAGUUGCUGAGUGGAGUUGAUAAUAGCAAGAUGAGGAAGGAGGUGAGGAUCACUGGACUGGAGAUGACGACUGCUGGGGAGAAGAAGGCUGAGCAACUGCUGAUGAAUCCCAAUUUGAUGAUGACGAGGCCUGACGUCGCUUGCAGUGCGGUGAUGGGGGCUGCUGUCGCUGUUGGGGGGCAGAUGUUCAUGACGAAGGGACCUGAGGCCAUGGCCUGCUGCCCUCACUGCAGUGGGGAGGUGAAGCAAGUAUGAUGGCGGGCUGCGAGGUGAGGGGACUGUACAUUCCAGUAUCUGGUGCAAUUAAGGGACUCAGGGGGAUUAGGAAUUGAUGAGAAGUUCAUCAUUUGUUGUAAUUGUAUAUUUAUGAGGUGGAGCUAGAAACUUGUCUCAAUAUUUUUUGGUACUGAUAAUAAAGUGGAGGCAGCUGGGGAUGAUGGUGAUGUCGUCGCCGUUUUUAUCGUCUGGAAAAGAAUUUAUUCACUUUUAGUCUUGGCGAUUUUUCGGAAAACUCUUCUGUUUUAUUAUUUAAAUCUUUGUUAUUAAUUCAUUUACUUUGUGGUCAUUGAGCCUUAUCACACGUUGAGCGUUCCAGCUGGAUUUACUAGAGAGCACGAUAACAGUGAAUUGCUUCAGGACAUCCUGGAAGAGGCCAUCCAGUAUUUCAGCAUCCUGAUCCAAUUCCUCGAUGAUUAUUAUCUGGAAGAGUUAUUAAAUUGUGAAUGAAUAAAUUAUAUUUUUCAAUAA